GCUCUAGUACAUCAGCUGGAAGGACGUGAGGGCCUUUGGGCCAAAUUGGUUGAGUGUUCAAGAGACGGCCCCACUUCUUCUAGCCCAGCAGAUACUGAUACAGUUAGCACUAGCAUCGCAUCGCGUCGUUGGACCCGGCAGGGUGGAAGCAAAUUGGCAUCUUCACACAAUUUUUCAAACUCACAUUCUGAACCUCCAUUGGUCCAAUCAGCAGUGGGACGUAGACUAGCCAGAGUACGAGCAGCCUGCAACUUGCGUGGACAGGCGCUUAAAGUAAGAUUUCAGACGGCCAAUUAA